UUUCUCAAUGGCUCCUACUUGGACCAGAAGUUCUUUGAAUAUUGCUUAAAGAAGUCAUAACAUCAAUUCGUAUAUCUGGUAUAAGUCAACAAUCGGUUGUUGAAAAGAGCUAGUAUGCAAAUACGGCUGAUGUCUGGUGUAUCUAAGUCACGAUCACACUUUAUUCAUGAACAUAUUAAAAUCCAUUAUCUCCGGAAGGAACGCGUCGCUGUGCCAGAAAGACAGGCCCAAAGCAGCGCCUGCUAAAAUAUCCACCGGAAGUGGAGUUUCAGUCACAGACAGCUUACCAAACGGCCGGGUGGAGAUGGAGUUCAUGUACUGUAUUCCAGACUUAGAGGUGUUCAUAGACAAGACGAUCAAGAAGUGCCUGCUGGAGUACGAUCUAGAUGCUAACGACACGGAGGCCGUGUUGGAUGAUAUGGAGAAGGCGUGGCCGAAAACUCCGCCCAGAAAUUCUGAAAAGCAAGUACUCAAAGACUGUAAUGACAAUACGGAAAAAGUUUUACUUCCGGAUAAAGACGGUGCGGAUGUGAAUUCUAGGGACAUUUUAAGCAAAGGGAAUUCGGAGGAAACAGGGUUUAGGAAAAAUGAGAACGGUGGAAUGGGGAAUAUUAAAGAAUCGUUGAGUGCGGAUAGGUUAUCUACUGGGAUGAUGCUGAAAGAUGGAUCCUUAAGCAAUGGAGCUGUGCUAAACAAUGGUGCCAGUGAAACAUUGCUAAAAGAUAGUGCUCAUGAAAGAAGAGCAGUGCUCAAAAAUGGCGUUUUGGUCAACGGAGCAGUGCUAAAAGAUGGCGGUGCUCUGAUCAAUGGAAGCAAAAGCGAAAGUGACCGGAGCGGAAGCUCAAGUCCCGAUGUGGAUGAUAAAUCAACAGUACGGAAGCAUGCCAAGUUGAAGUCUCGACUGCAGCAGAGGUACUUUGAAGGCACACAAGAUGCAGAACAUCAGACUGGCCAGAGGGUGCAGCAGGAGACAACUAGCCCCAAGCCAGCAAGCAACAUGCAACAGCAGCCAAUGAGUUAUGGCCCCUCAAAUUUGGAUAUUCUCGCCUCAGCUGUUAACCUUCACACGGAAUCUCUCCGACAGGUUGAAGGAGAUUCUCGUGCUUUACAGGCUAUGCAAGAAGCAAGUCGUCACGUUUAUAGGCAAGUUCGCGAUGAUAUUCCACGGCAGCACGAUGCUUUUAGGCAUCAAACAAUGGAUAUUGGUGGAAGAUUACCUCAUUCAAGAGAAAUUCCAAACAUGGUUAGACGUUCUUCUGCAUCUCCUAUUCCAUAUUCAUACGUCAAUACUGCUGGUAGAGCUAGCCAUAGCCCGCACUCCCUUUCCGCCUCAACUAUGGCGGUAUCGUCAGCUAGAGAAAACAGUCUCUAUGAACAUUCUAUUCCAGAGCAAAGGGUUUUGCAAUAUAGUGCAAACGAACAUCAACUUCUUCUUUUCAGGGAAUCUGCAUCAAGAAGAGAUGCAGUAAGAAAUGGAACUUCCGAGUUUCAUUCAUCAUAUAGCAAUGCAACUUUGGAUUCUAGGCAACAUGCAUCCACUGCUUCUUAUGGCCAAGCUUUGAAUUCUGCUUACCAACACAACCUAAAGUCACAAACACAUAGUGAGGCGCAUGUUCCUCCUCAACGGCAUAGCUCUCGUAUUGCUAGUAUAAUUGCAGAGGAACUUCAGAAAGACGAAGACUGUCGUCACAAAGCUGUGGUCUUAAAACAUGGUCCUUUAGUCGAGCGAGUUAAUCCUGAUGAAAUAAAAGUGGUUAAAAAUAGCCAGCUCAAGUUGAAUGAUGGUUCUCAAAAUCGUAACCAUGGUUCAAUUAAUAGCUACUGGUCCCCACAGGAUUCCUCCUCAAAUCAAAGAUACAUUGUUGAUAAUAUACUUCACGGAUAUCCUUACGGGCAUAGGAAUCCUCAUGUAUUACCAAGCCAUCUCUCUGAUGUCCACACCACCAACAGUAUCUUGACCUCGGUACAAAACAUAUCUUCAACAGAUUUACGAAAUGGCAUUUAUAAAACCCAGUCUGAUGGGUUGGAUGACAACCAGCCGCAAGAUUUGAGCAUCAAGCCUAAACUCAGAGCACCUCAAUCCCAGCCACACAACCACCAGCCACACAACCACCAGCCACACAACCACCAGCAUACCUACUUGACACCAGAUUCACCCAUAAACGAUGCUAAAAUGAACGCCUACUUUUCUAGUCCGAACUCGCCCCUUAACAUGAACAAUGCCUCAGGUCACCAGCAAAAUUUAGCUCAACGCAAAUCCGCAUCACCAACCGUGAACUCCAACAAAGGCUUAGACUAUAAAUCUCCAAACAACGGCCACUUACGGCUAUCAGGGAAAUGGGAAAGAAAAGGCCAAGUGCAUACCAUUGAUUCCCACCCUGCUCUCACCAGAGAAAGUAAAGACCUGGCUGAGAGGAGAAGGGCCGAAGCUAUUAAAAAAUGGUCUGAUAACAGACAAGGGGAAAUAACAAAGAAAAGAGCAAACUACUCCAAUGUGAAUUAAUUUCAAAUAAGACAUUUUUAGGUUUAUCAAUAAAUAUCAGUAUUUAAAAAAAAAAUACUAACAUACUGAAUGUCCAUAGUGUAUAAUUAAAUUACUAAAAAAAUAUAAAUGUUGAUUCUACAUAUUUUUUUAUACAAUUAAAUACACAAGUGAUAUUAAACAAUAAGUGUUUAAAUUCACAGAACUAUAAACAGUGUGAGUGCAUUUAAUUUUACUUUUUUGAAGAAAGCCAGUUCUCUUGCCUAAAUGUACAUCCAACAAUGAAACAGGUUUAACAGAAGUUGAUUGCUAUAUUUUAUAAAAAAUAGACAAUUUUUUUGUAUAUCUAUUAACACACUGACAUUUCUAAAUUCUGUGUGGGAUAUUUAUUGCUAAAACAUGUUUUAAGAAAUAUGUAACAUGUCUGUGUUGGUCUUGGGAAGUAUUUGAUUAUUAUAGUUAUUUUCAAUAAACUUUUAAGUUAUUUUAAUUUUAGAAAAACUUUACUAUAGUCAAGCAGAUAUACUAUUCAACUAGUUCCUAUACGUAUCCUAAAAGACCACAAACAUUUAGCUUUUAAGCCUUAUCUAACAAUAUAAUUACAUAUUUUUUUUGUAAUUAGCAAUAUAAAUAUAAAUGCUGCUCCUUUAUUUUCCAAGGAUCUGGUUUAUAAAUCUAGCUAAAAUGUAAAUAGUCAUGUGUAUCAGAGCAGUGAUCUGAUGUCUUUUAAUACUUAUUUAUUUUAAUAAUUACUUCUUAAGAUUUUCCUGAAUGUAAAAACUUGGAAGAUCAGAGUACUGUAAAGUAGGGCUUUAAAUAUUUUUCUUUAUUCUUAAUGUCCGCUCCUACGCAUAAUAGACACUGGUGGUUCUAUUGGAUGCAAUAACUUGAUAGGCUUUAAAUGUUAUGUAAAUAAAGGCAAUAUUAAUAUAUUUAGAUACUAACUUGUUUAAAGCUUUGUAGUAGUUUCUUUUAUCAACACAAUUUGACAGAGGUUUAUGAGGUAAUAUUGAGCAGGUUAUCAUUGUAAACCAGUGAUUAGUACUACAUUUACAUUUCAACCAACUGCACUAGAAGAGAGAAUAAUAGACUUGAAUAGAAUACUGUAUUAUUAAUGCUAAGCUUGCUUUUCUUUGACCACACUCACUGUAAGAUUAUUCACAAAACAACAUGCAACCAUAAGAGUUAUGUUUACAGCCAUGAAUUUCAAGCUAAAGAAAGUUUGCUGUUCUUGUUAGAAAAUUUGGUUGUGAAAUCUUAAAUUUUUAUUUCCACAAGCUGCCCAUAACUGGUUGUCUUUAGAUCUAAAGAAAAGAUUUUGAAACACUUGAGGACUAAUUCAGUACAAACAAAUUGUUUUGAUUGAAGUAAGUGACAGAAUGCAGGCUGUAGUCUUUGGUAACACAGGUUUAUACUUUGUGAAUAAUCUGACAAUGGAGUAAAGUAGAGUUAUAUUUACAUAAACAAAAAUUGAAAAGUUGGCUUUAUAUAAAAAAAAUUAAUGUUAACUCUUUGUUUUAUUUCAUCAUUUGACAAAAGAUGACUUCAACAGGAACAUCUUGUAUAUUAGUUAGCUUGCACAUUUAUGUUAUGAAUGUCGAAUAAUAUUUUUGCGAGGAAUCAGAGUAUUGUUUUUGUCCGAACUUAUUUUUGUAAGUUGUUAGAAUGUAAUUUUAAGCCGACUCAAUUUAAAUGUUAAACUUUAUAUUCCAUGAAACAAAAUAAAAAUAGCAAUCAGACUGCUGUUGAAAA